UUGGGGAGCAUGUAUGUGUGAACGGUUUGGAGCAUUUUAUACUGCUGUCGUGGUGGAACCGAACGAUGAUCGCGGAUCGUGACGAAUGAUCACUGUUUAUGAUCGCACUAUUUUUGCGUCCAGUGUCGCGUUUAAUCGAUCGUACGCUGUGAAGUCAUCUAACGCUUCAAGUGUUCAGAAAUGAUGCUCUUAUAAAAAGGUUCUCGGAGCUCGUGAGUAAUUGUUGCUAACGAGUUGGGGAAACGAUGCUUACGUUUCGGUGACCCGAGCUCAAGCUACGUGUCAAAGUGUUACCAAGUGUCGCGUUUCUCCGGACGAUCCUCCGAUAUUACAUCGCAAAUACACCGACAAAAUUUGGUGGAAACUGCCACCAAAAGGAGGCAACAAAACCAACACCCAUCAGUCAUCAUCAACCGGUGCAGUCAUGGAACGAAUAUUGCGUGGCGUUAUGCGUUAUCGGCAUACGACGCGAGAACAAAUGGUGCAGGAGUUUCGGAAAGUUCGUGACAAUCCUCAGCCAAAAGCCGUCUUUUUCACCUGCAUGGACAGCCGGAUGAUACCGACCAGGUUCACGGAGACACACGUCGGCGAUAUGUUUGUGGUACGAAAUGCGGGCAAUCUCGUACCGCACGCAGAACACUUUCAGGACGAAUAUUUUAGCUGUGAACCGGCGGCCUUGGAGUUGGGCUGUGUUGUAAAUAACAUCAAGCACAUCAUCGUGUGUGGCCACAGUGAUUGCAAGGCGAUGAACUUACUGUAUCAGCUAAAGGAUCCGGAAUUUUCUUCGUUGAAAAAUCGUCGCAUAUCUCCGCUUAGGGCGUGGUUGUGCGAGCACGCCAAUACGAGCCUGGACAAGUUUCAAAAUCUCAAGGAGAUCGGUCUGGACAAACCGUUGAUAUUUUCUUCCGAAACACCGCUUCGCAAAUUUGUCGCAUACAUCGAUCCGGAAAACAAUUUUGCGAUCGAGGAUAAACUGUCGCAGGUUAACACACUGCAACAGAUAGAGAACAUUGCGUCGUACGGAUUCCUAAAACGCCGGCUCGAAUCACACGAUCUCCACAUCCAUGCGCUGUGGUUUGACAUCUACACUGGGGACAUUUAUUUCUUUAGUCGCAACUCGAAACGUUUCAUUGCGAUCGAUGAAAGCUCGAUCGAACGGUUGCUGGACGAGGUACGGCGGUACUAUUCUUGAUUCAGUUGUUGUGUAUGUUUCGGGUGUUUCUGUUUAGAUAGUUAUAGAUGUGCUAUACGGGUUGAGAGAUAUCGCUUUUGUGUACAAAGUGUUGUUUUUUCUUUCUGCUAAAGGAUAGGAAGAUCCUUGCUUUGUAUACAGUUGUUGGUGAAAGUCAGGUUUAGUAAGUGAAUCGUGUUUGUAAAACAAGUGUUUGUUACGAUAUGUGUGUAGUCAAAUGAGAUAAAAGUGCAAUGUAUAAAAUAUAUCCGCAUAGUGAAAUGUUUUGCUAAAAAACAACUAAAAUUUGAACUUGUCUUUCCAUUUUGAGGCACUGAUAACGAUCAAAAUUCUCUAUUUAAAGGUACGGGAAGAACAAAGAAACCAUUAAAAGUACAGCAGCACAAUUCCGACGAAGGUAGACU